GGAGUCAACAUGGCCGGAUUAGAAUUUGGAAUCAAUUCCAAUGGCCAAAAGGGAGACAAGAACUUACCACCGGACUUGACUCAAGUAGAUGACUUUGUAAACCAGGGAUUCAACAUGAUCCGAAUUCCAUUUGGAUGGCAAUUUAUUCAGCCCACACUCAAAGGAGAGUUGGACCCUACCCAACUUGCCCUCUUGGACAAACACGUGAAUGCUGUACUUGCUAAAAAAGCUUACGUCAUCAUAGAUUUGCACAACUAUGCACGUCAUGAGGGUAAAAUUGUAGGCCAAAGCGACGUAGGUGCUGAUGCUCUGGUGGAUCUCUGGACAAGAUUGGCUGUGCAUUACAAGGAUCAAAGACAUGUCACCUUUGGUUUGAUGAAUGAACCUCACGACGUGGACAGCAAAACAUGGAUCGGAACGCUUCAACAGGUUGUCACUGCUGUUAGAAAAGCUGGUGCGAUUCGAACCAAGUUGAUUCUUCCUGGCAAUGCCUGGAGUCAUCCUACCACCUUUGCCAAUGAUUACAAUCUUGGAUUGUCUGGGAUCAAAAACCCUGAUGGUACCCAUCACGGUUUGAUUUUCGAGUUUCACCAGUAUUUUGAUAAUGAUGGCGUGGGAACCCAAAGGGAAUGCAGUCAAGACCAUAUUGAUGAGCUCAAUUCUGCAGUCGCACUAUUGAAGAAAGACGGACGUCAAGCAUUGAUAACUGAAAUGGGUGGGGGCAACUCUCAGUCUUGCACAGCUGACCUGAAUACGAUCCUUCACGACGCACCUCAGAACUAUCCCACCAUCAUUGGUGCUUUGAUCUGGGGAGGUGGCUCCUUU